UUCAAAAUACAGAAAUUCAGAUAGUUUGUCCAGUAUAAGCUUAUUUUACAUUAACUGUCACUGUAAACUGAUGACACCUCUUCAACCCACAAUGCGCCGCAGGGUUCAUGUACAUGGGGAUGACAAAUUUCACUGACGUACACAUUCAUUCCAUAAACAAGCGCACAAUUGGUGCCUCUUCAAAACAGCCUGCAUCAGAGAAAUCAACUUGAGGUAGUUUAUGUCACUGUUGAGCGUCACAGGAAGUUGCAGUUAAGCCGCAUGUAUAAAAGCCAGGCAGGAAGCUUCCUCUCUUCAGUGAGCCCACGCGAUAAACAGCUGCGCAAACACAGCAGUCUUCGUGGUAACUGAUCAGAGCAAGGAACACACUGAAUGAGCAGCGUGCCUGAGUAGGAACUUGAGCUUAUACAUGUACUACACGUUACCCAAGCAACAUUGGAUGUGCUGAAGGCAGAAGAGCAUUUUUCACUGGGAAGACUUGGAUUUGAUUUGUUAUCGUGAAAGGAGUCUAACUAAUUGAGCGGAAUAUAUUUUCUGGAGGGACAUUUUUCAUCCAAGAAUUGAAAAAGGUGAGAAUAUGCUUUUCUUUCUUACCAUUUCCCCCCUUUUGUUCCAGGACUUCACUUUCACAACGAGGAAAUUAUGCUUAAAUUUCCUUUGAAUUUUUGUCACUGAGUGAUGAUCAUGCACUGCAAAGAAAUGGAGUGGUUAGUUACGGUGUUUUAGUUUGAGAUAUGUUCCUGCCUUGCUGCUACCGCAGAAGUAAAAUCUCAUCUCACUUUGCAUUUGAGAAACUGACCAUAGUUCUCAAAUAAGUAUUGCAUUGGAAAUUUAACACAGGAUAUCAUACCUCUUGUUGUGGUUAGGCGCCUUCCUGUAUUCUGGUUUUGUUGCCCGGAUUCAGGUGUCCUAAAAAAAAAAUCCUGCACCUCUAAGUAGCUUUACAGAUACCACAAUGCCAAUGCAUGAACUACAUUUGCAGUUCAAUUAUGAAUUUGUGCUACUAAAGGCGAUUUCAUAAUAACGCUAUAUUUUUUUCCCCCUAGCAGCAGUAGACAUUUCAAAUUAGCAAGAAAACCACAGACAAUGGGGACCUGCCUCACCAGAUGCCAAUCCAACCUGACAGUCUUUGAAAACCCAGAUGAGUCAAUGGAGAGCCCAGAAACCGUGAUUGUGUCUCUUGUUGAUUACCCAUCAUUUGGAGAAACACAACUGACCAUGUGCAUUGGGGAAAGACUGACCAUGACAUCAGAUGACGGGGACUUCAUAAUGGUGAGAUCCACAACGACAGGCCGGGAGAGCUACGUCCCUAUCGAGUACACGGCCAGAGUUACUGACAGGUGGCUGUUCAAAGGCAUCAGCAGGUACAAAGCAGUGGAGCUGCUCAUGCGUCCUAAUAACCAGAAUGGAGCCUUCUUGAUUCGAGAGUCAGAGACAAGCAGAGAUUCCUACUCGCUAUCUAUCCUGAGGAGAACCAGCUCUUCGCACCAGGACUGUGUGAAGCACUACCGCAUUUCUACCCUCCCGAAUGGAUGGGUCUACAUAUCUCCAAGCCUGACUUUCUCCACCCUGCAUUGCAUGGUGGAACACUAUUCAGAGACCGCAGAUGGAUUGUGCUGUCGGCUGGCAAUGCCUUGCUUCAUCCAGGGUUUAGACAAUGCUGAAGAGGCCCGGCCUAUUCCAAUAACGACCAGGAGGCCCACCAUCAAAUGGAAGGAAAUCAGCAGAUCGGUGAUCUUAAAGAGGAAGAGGACAGUGUCAGACCACUCUCUGGUGAGCGAGGGGCUCAGGGAGGCUAUUUACUCCUACCUCCAAAUGACCGAGGCCGGCGAAAACAGCUGCUGGGACACUUGAGGAAAGACUGCAGAGUGAGACUCUGUAAUUCAUCGGCUGCGGCUUGGGGAUCCCACUGGAAGAGGCCGUCUACACGCCCAAGUGCAGUCUUUAGAGACUGCCCUGGAAUAGCGAGAGGGCUGAGACACUACGCUGUGUGGAGAUAUGCAGUACUGCAAACUAUAUGAGCUGGAGGACUGCUUUUGUGGAUGUGUGUCCAAAGAGGCAUACAGAGGAGCUUUGAGAAAUGUGUUCUCAUUUGGCUCCGAAACAUUGAAUGUAUCUUUUAAUUUAUAAACUAAUGUGUACUUGCAGGUUGAAUGUCAUAUUAUGUGUUAAUAUUAUUGGAAUAUGAUUGUUAUCAUGGUUGUGUCAUUGUAAUCCAAUAAAAAUAUAUAAUUUAUGUAACACAUGUGGAGAUUCUGUGAAAUAACCAAACAACUUCGAGGGGAACAUGCUAAAGUCCAUUUGCUAUGCUAUUCCAUAAAAAAAUGAAAAACAUGCUCUUGUACUGACACAUGCAUAGCCACACACGUAUAGUACACUCAUAGAGACAUGUAGCCACAGCUUUAAAAGUGCAAAGACAUCCGUGUUAGACUGCAGAGGCAAAGCAAGAGAAACACUUUCUCUGGGUGCCAAAGUGGAUCACUGAAUUCACGAUACACUUGCUAUCAGUACACAAUAUCCUCAACACCCUCAACAGGGUGGCUGUAGCUCAGGUGGCAGAGCAGGUCAGCCACUAAUCAGAAGGUCGGUGGUUCGAUCCCUGGCUGCAUGCCAAAUAU